UUGGAGAAAUUCUCUCCAAAACACACACAAAGAAAAACAAUUUUUCUCAUCUCAAAAUCCAAAAACAUUAACUAAAAUUCUCCCACAAAACUAAAACAACAAAACAUAUAUCAUCAAAGCAAACAAAGAUGCCUGCAGGAGGGGGAAGAACAAAGAUGAAGAAAACAUCAUCAAAGCCAUCAAUGAAUGUGCUACCAUACCAAACUCCGAGGCUGAGGGACCAUUAUACCCUCGGGAAAAAGCUCGGCCAGGGGCAAUUCGGGACAACAUACCAAUGCACCGAGAAAGCCACAGGCUUGGAAUACGCCUGCAAAACCAUACCAAAAAGAAAGCUUUUGUGCAGGGAGGACUACGAGGACGUGUGGAGGGAAAUUCAGAUAAUGCACCAUUUGUCCGAGCAUCCAAACGUCGUGAGAAUCAAAGGGACGUACGAGGACAACGUUUUCGUUCACUUGGUCAUGGAGCUCUGCAAAGGCGGCGAGCUUUUUGACAGGAUUGUGGCGAAGGGGCAUUAUAGCGAGAGGAAGGCAGCGCAGCUGAUGAAGACGAUAGCCGGGGUGGUUGAGGCGUGCCACUCGUUGGGGGUGAUGCAUAGGGAUCUGAAGCCGGAGAAUUUCUUGUUCGAUAGCUCUGAUGAGGAUGCCAAGCUUAAGUCCACCGAUUUCGGCCUCUCUGUUUUUUACAAGCCCGGGCAGUAUCUAUCUGAUGUUGUGGGAAGCCCAUAUUAUGUUGCACCAGAAGUGUUGCAAAAACACUAUGGAACUGAAAUUGAUGUAUGGAGUGCUGGUGUUAUUCUCUACAUCCUCUUAUCAGGUGUUCCUCCUUUCUGGGCAGAAACAGAUAAUGGGAUCUUCAAGCAGAUUCUCAGAGGCAAAAUAGACUUUGAGUCUGAGCCCUGGCCAUCCAUUUCCGAUAGCGCAAAGGAUUUGAUCAAAAAGAUGCUUCACAGAGAUCCCAAGGAACGGAUCACAGCUCAUGAGGUCUUAAGGCACCCGUGGAUUGUGGACGACACGGUUGCACCAGACAGGCCAUUGGGUUCAGCCGUUCUGUCGCGACUGAAACAGUUCUCUGCAAUGAACAAGCUCAAGAAGAUGGCACUUCGCGUGAUUGCAGAGAGGCUGUCUGAGGAGGAGAUAGGAGGGCUGAGGCAGCUGUUCAAGAUGAUAGACACAGAUGGGAGUGGAAGCAUUACAUUCGAGGAAUUGGAACAAGGGUUGAAGAGAGUCGGGUCCGAGCUCAUGGAGUCUGACAUUCGCGCUCUCAUGCAAGCGGCUGACAUUGACAACAGUGGGACAAUUGACUAUGGAGAGUUUCUUGCUGCAACACUGCAUUUGAACAAGAUGGAAAGAGAGGAGAAUCUGCUGGCGGCAUUCGCCUACUUUGACAAGGAUGGCAGCGGCUAUAUAACCGUCGACGAGCUCCAACAAGCCUGCAAAGAAUUCGGGCUCGGAGAUGUUCAUCUUGAGGAGACCAUCAAAGAGAUUGAUAUCGACAAUGAUGGGAGAAUCGAUUAUGGGGAAUUUGCAACAAUGAUGAGGAAAGGAAAUGCAGGGCUUGCAGCUAGAAGUAUGAGAGGCAACUUGAAUUUCAACUUGGCUGAUGCCUUUGGAGCAAAUGAUCAUCAUCAUCAUACACAAUGAGAUUCAUGAAUCAUUCAUUUAUCACACUAACCCUAUGUAUGCAAAUGCCCAAGUUUAUUUUGUACAAGUAACUUUUUUCUUUU